AUGGCGGUCAUUAACAGAUUUCGCGCUUUUCGUCGCCACGCGACCGACGAGACAGUUCCCGCUGUGACCAACACGACAGAGGACACUAAGACCGACUCUGUCGCUGCUGGCGCUGUCCCGGGCGAAAAGAGUCCUGGAGACGAGCAACAUGAUCCGGAGCGUCCGAGUGAAGAUGUGCAGCAUGGUGUCAAGAGCAUCGAGGCCACAACUCUUACCUGGACCAAGCGCACGCUCAUCGCCGUGUUCAUCAACAUUUGGUUCAUAUACUUCGUCAAUGCCUUUCAAUCUUCGGUUUUCUGGACCUUGGUGCCAUACGUGACCAGUGAAUUUGCCUCACAUUCCUUGCUCAAUACGAUCUAUGUCGUCGGAGACUGUAUGGCAGCUGCAACCUACAUUCCUCUUGCCCGGGCUAUGGAUACAUUUGGUCGUGCCGAAGGCUUCCUAGGGAUGGCCAUUUUUGCGACGCUUGGUCUGAUUAUCAUGGCGGCUUGCCAAAAUCUUCCAACUUUCUGUGCUGCCUAUGUCUUCUAUAAUAUCGGAUUCAGUGGCAUGAUUUAUUGUAUCGAUGUAGUAACCGCAGAUGCAUCCAAGCUGAAGAAUCGAGGAUUGGCUUUCGCCUUUACAUCUUCUCCCUAUAUCAUUACCGCGUUCGCUGGCCCGAAGGUAGCCGAGAGAUUCUACAACGAAGUCAACUGGCGCUGGGGUUUUGGUUGCUUUGCCAUCAUCUUUCCCGUCGUCGCUGCCCCUCUUUACUGCAUUUUGAAGUGGAAUCUCCAUAAGGCGAAGAAAUCCGCCGUACUUGUUAGGGAGCCUAGCAACCGGACUUUCCUGCAGAGCGUCUGGCACUACACCAACGAGCUUGAUCUCAUCGGUGUUAUACUUUUCUCCGGCGGUCUUGUUGUUUUUCUUCUUCCGUUCUCCAUCGCAUCUGAAGCUCCCAAGGGGUGGGAUACUGGCUAUAUCAUCGCUAUGAUUGUUGUUGGCUUCGUGAUGCUCUUUGUAUUUGCCCUCUACGAAACAUAUUUCGCACCUCGACCGAUGCUGAGCUGGAAGCUGCUUUCUGAUCGUACUGUCAUUGGUGCUUGCUUACUGGAUGCGACCUACCAGCUGUGCUACUACUGCUGGAAUGGAUAUUUCACCUCCUUCUUGCAGGUAGUGAACAACCUCACUAUCGCCCAGGCUGGCUAUGUCGCAAAUACGUUCGAUGUUGUCUCGGGUGUUCUUCUCCUUGGAGUUGGCUUUGUUAUCCGCCGGACUGGCCGAUUUAAGUGGCUGCUUUAUAUUGCUGUUCCUCUCUAUAUCUUCGCACAGGGCUUGAUGAUCUACUUCCGUCGCCCUAACCAAACAGUCGGAUACCUUGUGAUGUGCCAAAUCUUUAUCUCCAUUGGUGGAGCCGUGUUUAUCAUCGUCGAGCAGCUCGCUAUCUUGGCCGCCGUUGAUCAUCAACAUGUUGCUACCGUUCUUGCGCUAUUGAAUGUCGUCGGAACUGUUGGAAAUGCUGCAGGUUCCACCAUCUGCGGUGUUAUCUGGCAAGCUACCUUCAAAAAGGCACUCAGGAUGAACCUUCCACAGGAGGUCAUGGAUAACUUCGACCUCAUUUACGAGGAUGUUGAGACCCAAAUGUCCUAUGUUCCUGGUUCUGACGUAAGAUAUGCCAUUCAGAAGUCAUAUGGCUAUGCCCAGACCCGUAUGCUUGCUGCUGGUACUGCAAUCAUGGUCCUCUGUAUUGGUUGGACCUUUUUGAUCCGGAACAUUGAUUUGAAGGCAGUUCAACAAGUUAAGGGUGUGGUUUUCUAA